AUGCUAAAGCAGUUCCCAGAGACCAUCCACUCAUAUAUUUUUAAGAAAGCAAUAGGAAAAGGUGGAUUCUCUACAGUAUAUCUCAUUGAAAGCGAAGAGUAUCAUCAGCAGUAUGUUGCCAAAGUUACUCCUAUUGAUGAUCAACCAGUUAAAGAGGGUAAUGUAGAUCCUCUAGAUGCUGAAAUCACAGCUCUUAUGAGUCUCUCUCAUCAAAACAUUAUACGUCUAUAUGAUCAUUUUACUGAAGGGCAUAACUUUUUUAUGAUUCUCGAGUAUUGCCAACAAGGAUCAUUACAAGACGCUGUAGGUGAAGCUGGUCUAUCAUUGCCGCAGUUCAUUACUUACGCUCGCCAGAUUUUAUCAGCUUUAGCGUUUGUUCAUUCAAAGAACAUAGCUCAUCGUGAUAUUAAACCAGGAAAUAUUCUUUUAGAUAACUCUGGACAUAUCAAAUUAUCUGAUUUUGGCAUCUCAUUACGAAACGCAAAUAAUGUAGUUUCUACAUUUUCUGGCUCUUUACUCUACGAACCUCCAGAAAUUGUUCUUAAGAAACCACAUAAUCCAAUGCAGGCAGACAUUUGGUCACUUGGCGUUCUCUUUGCUUUUUUGAUCAAUGGUUGCACUCCAUGGCAUUGUGACAGCAUAAAUACCCUCAAAACAAGAAUUUGUACUGCAACGUAUAAGCUCAAGACCAAUACACCACCAGAAAUUGUUGACAUCAUUACUCGUAUGAUUGUUGUCGAUCCGAACGAAAGACCAACUGCACAAGAACUCUUGAAUGAAAAAAUAUUCCGAAAAGACUCAAGUGAUAGCAUCCCAUCCGAGUCAGAAGAAAUCCAAGACGUUCUCUCUCCAAAAGCCCGUGCAAUGAAGCAAUCUAUUCCUAGAAAUAAGACUUCUUACAACGCUAUGUCAAAAGCCAUAGGAAUUUUUAAGAUGAACCUCGCAGUCGGAAAUAAUCGUUUACCACGUAUAAAAUCUAGAUACCACUCAGAAUUAUCAGAUACUUUUGUUAAUGCAUAG